UAGCUAGCUUUGGUGUGAAGAUGGCUAAUGCUCCACGUGCUGUUUCCAGCACCACAGCAGAUACUGGGAUGGCUUUGCUGCUAGCCUCUGCUAGAAGACUUGUGGAAGAAAAACUGGCAGUGUCAGAAGAUUGAAAUAUCAAAAGGCUGUCACCUUGCAAGAAGUGCUGACACUGUGUACAUAACUGUAUUUUAUGUGUUGUAGAACUAUCCAGAAUUGUGCAGGUUUAACAGGUAACUACAGAAAUUACCAAGUUGUGUUUUUUAAAGUCUCACUUUUCUUUCCAAGGAAAGUGGCAGAUGUGAAGAGGAAACCCAAUAUCUGAUGGUGUUCUCCACAUGAUAUCUUCAAACUCUGCAUUGUUAUUGGCAAUAAUUAUUUUGAUUGCUGAUGAGGUACAGGGCAAUAUUUUCAUGAGUAGUAAUAAAAUUUUUGGAGGGAUUAUAUCAAAAGGCUUUUUGUAGUAUGGUGAGAAUAAAUUGGAUUAUCAUUUAUACAUGUAGCAGGGAGUGAUGAUAUGUUAGGGUGUUACCUAGGACACUACAUUAAAAAUCAUGUUUGUAACCAUUACAAGUAUGCUAUAGUAGCACAACAAGUCCAGGCUCUUUUGCCUUGUUCCUCCGUGUUGGACCCCAUUCAUUUCCCAUAUUUAUGUGUUUUUCUUGCAGUCCAUAACAUUUCAAUUUCUCCAAGUAUGGACUACUGUGAAGCCGAUAUUCUGGGAGUUAAAGUUGCUGGAGCUACUCUGGGGAUCAUUGGCAUGGGCCGCAUUGGGUAUAAGAUUGCUGUGAGAGCCAAAGCAUUUGAAAUGAACAUUUUGUACCACAACAGGACACGGAGGAAAGUGCAAGAGGAGCAAGCUGUUGGUGCCACUUACUGCAAAAAGAUAGACAGUUUGCUCCAGCAGGCAGAUUUUGUGAUGCUAGUGGUGAGCCUGACACCUCAGACACACAAGCUGAUUGGGAAAAGAGAACUGGAGCUGAUGAAACCCACAGCUACCCUCAUUAACAUCAGCCGAGGUACCAUCCAGAUCCAUCGGCUGGCCUCACAGCAUGGUCCUGCUGUGUCCCACAGCGCCGUGCUGCAUCCAGCACAGCUGGGGCAUGUGGCGAGGGUGAUCAGGAAAUUCCUCCCUCUCCCUUUCCCUUCUCUCUUUGCUCUCUGCUCUUCGCCUGCCAGGUGCACUCAGGGACACUCUCAUUCCACCCCAGGUGCAGUAGUUGACCAAGAGGCGCUGGUGGCAUCUCUGCAGACCGGUGUUAUCAGGGCCGCGGCUUUGGAUGUCACCUCCCCAGAGCCACUGCCCAGAGAUCAUGCAUUGUUAAAAUUAAAGAACGUCAUUAUAACACCUCACCUCGGCAUUAAAACAGACAAGGCCACCUACAUGAUAACAGAGGAAGCAGUUGAAAACAUACUAGCAGCCCUGAAUGGUCUCCCCCUACCCAGUGAAGUGCUCCCUAGCUGAUGUGUGAAAGGAUAUUGCGGAUCUUUUCAUUCUUCUCUUUGUCUUUUUAUUCUUAUCUUUCCCCUGCACAUCAGCUCUAAAGUUCUUGUUAAAUAUAAGAAUGUCCAUACAUCUCACUAAAGCUUGGAAGGAAACAGUU